AAAGAUUGCUCAACAAAACAGUCGUUCAAAAUCAAAGGGAAUAGAAAUAGCUAAGCGUUACAUGUAAAUAUUAAACGUAGUUCCAAAAUUUUAAGCGUAAUACGACAAUAAACAAUAGUCUAUACAGACGAUUCCCCAGCUACAAUUUAAAUAAAAUAUUUAAAAAAAAAAAAAAUAAAAACGAAAACAACAACAAUUUGCUAAGUAAAAUCCACGAGCUAUGAGCGAUUCGCAGCGUCAGGUGAAAAUGGUUGCCGAGCAGGCGCUCGCCAGCCUGCUGGAGCGGGCCAAGCGUUUGCAGCUGACCAGCGUUUGCGCCAUGCAGCACCAUGGCAAUGACGACGACGAUGAUGGGGAUCAGGAGCAGGGGCAGGGACAGGGGCAGGAGAAGGAGAAGGAGAAUUUGCGAAUGGGCGAACAGCCAGCUGGAGUGGAGCCGAAUGUUGUUGUUGUCAAUUUAAAGAAAUCGAAGCACAGCCCACCCGGUGCCGGCAUCCAGCGUGCGAUAGCUGCUAGCGGCAGAAAGCCACGUAAACUUGAUUUGGAGCCAUCGCCGCCGCCGCCGUCACCGCGUGAGCUGUGCCUGAUCGCCGAGCUGAGGGAUGAGUAUAAUCAGACAGAUCAGCUGAUUGAUCAAAUGCUCACAGAUGCCACAAAUCUUGGCCACGAGAUGAACAACUGCACACAAAUCCAGCGCGAUUUGUCCUUGGUACAGGAAAUCGAGCUGGAGACAACGAAACGUUCGCUGGACACACUAUUUGGGGCACUAACCGCCGAUCUGGAGCGCAACGAUCUCAAGGAGCUAAUGCUGCGUUGCGACAGCGCCCUGGAACGCACCAAGGAGCGUCGGAUCAAGAAUGAGCCAACUAUCGAAACCAGCUGGAGCACAAUCAGCGAACAGUUCGAACAGGUCGAGGCGGUGACCACCAAUGCGGACGAGCUGCCGCCAAUUGCCGCCCAGCCGGAUGAUCAGCACAGGGAGCUGGCCAAGCACGACUAGCAGCGGCUGUUGCCCAACGGAUCACCAAAUCGAUUUUCUUCUCAAUUCCAAUUGUCGCUAACAAUCAAUAAAUGUCUCGUUGCACUGUAAA